AUGGAGAAAAAACCAUCCGUGGGCUAUUUGGGAAUGGGCAUCAUGGGCACUGCCAUGGCGGGGCGAUUGGUCGACGCGGGCUAUCCUGUCACUGUGUGGAAUCGAUCGCGGGAUAAGUGCGCUCCCUUGGAGGCCAAAGGCGCCAAGGUCGCUGAGACUGCACAGGAGGUCGUGGAGACCUGUGAUGUGACUUUUGCGUGCACUUCGGACCCAAUCUCGGCGAGAGCUGUGGUUUUCGGUGAGAAGGGUGUUUUGGCAGGCAUUACGAAGGGCAAGCGCUUUGUGGACAUGUCAACCGUAGAUGAGGAGUGCGUGAAGGAAAUCGCCGAUGCCGUCACAGCCAAAGGUGGUCGUUUUGUUGAGGCACCAGUCAGUGGCUCCAAAGGUCCCGCGCUGCAAGGCCAGCUGGUGAUCCUUGCAGCUGGAGAGGAGGCCCUCCAGAAGGAGGUGCAGCCUUGCUUCGACGUGUUGGGCAAGAGAACGUUCUUCCUCGGUGAGGUAGGAUGUGGAGCAAGGAUGAAGCUCGUUAUCAACAUGGUGAUGGGAAUCAACAUGGUUGCUCUGUCUGAGGGUCUUGCAGUGGGACAGAAAGCAGGCCUCCAAGGGAAGGAUAUCUUAGAGGUCAUUAAAGAAGGCGCCAUCGCGUCGCCAAUGUAUGGCUUGAAGGGUCCGAAAAUGCUGGAGGGAGACUUUGCUCCCAACUUCCCACUGAAGCACCAACAGAAGGAUGUCAGAUUAGCCGUGGAUCUCGGUGACAAGGUGGGACAGCCAAUGCCGCUGGCGGCUGCUGCCAAUGAAGCUUUCAAGGCAGCUCGUGCGGCGGGGAAGGGAGACGAGGACUUCUCAGCUGUUUUCGCUGCAGUGAAUCGAUGA